AUGGAUGAGCUCACGCGUAGCAGCAGCAGCGGAGCUGCUAUAGCAGCCCCAUUGGGGGGCACUGCAGUAGGAGUAACAGCAGGCGCAUCAGUAGCAGCAGCAGCAGCAGCAGCAACAGCCCCUAGAAUGGCAGCUGCUGCGCCUGUCUUUCGUCUCGUUGCGGAAGCGCAGCGCCGCGUCGAGGUGGCAGCAGCAGCAGCAGCAGAAGAUGCUGUGAGGUGUCUCUCGGCGGGGGUUCAGCAGCAGCAGCAGCCGCCGCAGGAGCAGCAGCUGCUGCAGCAGCAGCAGGUUGAGGCUAAAGCACGAAAAGACGUGGACUGCGUUUUUCAAUGGCACACUGCAGCAGCAGCUGCUGCUGCAGCGCAUCUACCGAACCAGCCGCAGCAGCAGCAGCGGCAGGAUAACCAAGGCACUCCUGCAGCGGAAGCAGCAGAAGCAGAAGCAACAGAAGCAGCAGCAGCAUCAGCUGCUGCUGCAGCAGUAGCGACUCCUGGAGCUCCUCUGAGCCUUGUAGAUGUGUGGCAGCAGCCCCCUCUCUUUCCGGUGUACAUACACCUCAAGACGCUGACGCGGGGGUUUCUGCCUGCUGCACUUGUUGCUGCUCUGCAGCAGGAAGCAGCAGCAAUAGGAGUGCAGCUGUUGCCGCAGCUGCAACAAGUUUGUCUAUUCCAGGGCAACACGGCUUACCUGCUGCCCUUAGCAGCUGCAGCAGCAGCAGCAGGAGAUGCAGCAGAACCGUCGGUUGUGCGCUUAGCAACAGAUGCUCCUAUUGUUGCUGCUUGCUGCUGCUUGCGUAGGGCGCAGCAGCAGCAAGAACCCUCCGAGGCAGGGCAGCAGCAGCAGCAGCAACUCCUGCUGCUGCUGCUCACUACCCAGUCGGUGGUUUUUUUCGCUGUGGUGCUUCUGCAGCAGCAGCAGCAGCAGCAGCAGCAGCGACGGCACAGCGGCAUAGUUGAUUACAACUCAGGCGGCUGCUGCCCUUUGCUGUUGCCUGCUGCUUCAACACAGCAGCAGCAGGAUAGUAGCAGCAACAGCAGCAGCGGCAGCAGCAGCAGCAGCGGGGUGCAGCAGCAGCUGUGGAUGGCUCAGUUGGUUGCGCUGGAGAAUCUCUCACUUGAUUUGCCUGCAGACAUUCGCAGUUUGCUGCAGCAGCAGCAGCAGCAGCGAGAAGAGCAGCAGCAGCAGCUAUAUCGCAGCCCCUGGCACCCGGUGCCUCGGCUCUUUGCCCAGCAGCAGCUGCAGCAGCAGCAAGGUGGCAGCAGCACCGUGCAUGCAUGUAUAGGGGGGCAGCUGCUUGAGAUAUCUAUAAAUGCAGCAGCUACCAGCACUUUGCUGCGGCGCCUGCCUCUCCGCCUCAGCAGCAGCUGCACCAGCACCUGCUGCUGUAGCCCCACACCCAGCAGCAGGAACAGUAGCAACAGCAGCAGCAGCGUUGGAAGCGGAGACUGCAAUCGGUGCGCGGCUGCCGCCGCUGCAGCAGUGCAGCGGCUGCAGCGACAAGCCACAGCAGCAGCAGCAGCAACGGCAGCAGGAGAAUGCCGAGGUGUUGUGCUUGUUGCAGAGGCGGGGGACAGGCUGCUGGCAGCAGCAGAUGAUGCUGCUGGAGUUUAUCUGCUGCACCUUUCUAGAAGCAGUGAAGAACACAUGCUGUCUCGCUUUACUAAGAGAUUAGCUGCGCUUUUCCGACGCCCCUACUCAACAGGCAACAAACGGGGGUCAGCAACUGCAGCAGCAACUGCUGCAGCAACAGCUGCUGCUAUUGGUGUUGCUGCUUUAGAGAAUGACGCAAGGAGCGCGGAGCAGAUCGAAGGUGAGGGCAGCUGCGAGUGCUCGCUUUGCUGCGAGAAGUCUGGCACUGCAGCAGCAAGAGCAGCAGCAGCAACGGGAGCAGCAGCAGCAGCAGAAACAAGAGGCUCUGCUGAGGCUCAGGAAGAAGAGAGUGAAUCUUUAGGGUCUCCCGGAGGCGUCCAAUGCGUAGCGUACAUCUCCGCCAGCUGUUGGCAGCAGCAGCUCCUACAGCGGCAGCAGCAGCAGCAGCAGCAGCAGCAGCAAAAGCAACAAGAAAGACUGGAGGUGGCGGAUUUGUGCUGCUCCUUCACACCGGAUGGCAGCCCGCUGCUGACUAUCAUUACUUCGAGAGGAGACCGCGUGGUGUUGCUGGUAGAGCAGCAUCGACGUGCUGCUGCUGCUGCUGCUCCUGAUAGCAAGAGCAGCAGCAGCAGCAGCAACUGCUCCGCGCGCACGGCAGGGAGGUAUUCGCUGCGUAUUCUAUCUGUUCUGCACUCCCCAGAGGCCGCUCAGUACCAGGAGCAGCUGACAGCAGCUUGCAGCAGCAACAGCAGCAACAGCAACAGCAGCAGCAGCAGCACGCUCUUGCCUUUCCGUGGCUUCGGGCAGCAGCAGCGUCCGCAGCAGCAAGAGCAGCAGCAGCAACAACCUGCGGUGACUGUGUGCAGCAACGGCCUCUUUCUCUUUUCAGAGGGCAGCAGCACUCAGCAGGAGCAGCAGGAGCAGCAGCAGCAGCAGAUUGCAGCAGCAAACAGAGAGUCGGUGCUGCUCUCUCUUCGCGUCUCCUGGCCCUCGGACGCAGCCUCGACAGCAGCAGCGGCAGGCAGCUAUCCUUCUGCUUCUGCUGCUGCUGCUGCUGCAGCGCAGCAGCCGAUGCAUCUGCACUGCUGCUGCCGGCUGUCGCUGCGCUCUCCGUUGCUGGCAGCAGCAGAAGACCGCCUCUUGUGGUGGCCGCUGCAGCAGCCGCAGCUUAGCAGCAGCAGCAGCAGCAGCAGGUUGCGCCAGCUUCUGGGGGGCUGCACAGAAGGCCUACCAGAGUCUCUCUUUGCCCCUGCUGCAGCUGCCUCUGCAGCAGCUGGAAAGGACGUUGCUGCAGCUGCAACAGCAACAGCAGCAGCAGCAGCAGCACCUGGCAGCAGCAGCAGACGCUUGUGGCUCUUCACACCCACAGAGUUCUUACUCGUCGAGGUCUCGGCCGGUAGCAGCAGCAACAGCAGUGUUUGCUGCGGUGCUGUAGGCGCAGCAGCAGCGAAACGAGGUGCUGCUGCGCUGCUGGCUCACCGUACAGCAGCAAAGACCGUUCGGCAGCAACUACAGCAACAGCAGCAGCGCAGCGUGCUGGGCCGGCUGCAGCUAGAGGCGGAUGCAGCAGCAGCAGCAGCAGAAGCAGCAGUUGCUGCCAUUGAAUUCAGAAAGGGGUUUCUGCUGCAGCCUCCCGCUGCACCUCAAACGCGGUGGGGUUGUCUGCAGCUGCUGGCGUCUCUCCAGCUCAGCAGCAGCAGCAGCAGCAGCAGCGCUUUGCAAGGGCGCAACCUGCCGAGACUGACCCUCAUCGCGGCUGCAUCAGACAGCAGCAGCAGCAACAGCACUGAGGAGCAGCAGCAGCAGCAGCAACCGCAGUGGGUUGAAGCCUUAGAGAUGCGCCUGGCACUCCUCAUCGGCCGCCUGUGGGGCGCUCCGCUCUAUACUACUACGAAACAGCAGCAGCAGCAGCAGCAGCAGCAAGAGCAGCAGCAGGAGCAACAGGGGGGCUCCGCUUACGCUGCAGCAGCGCCUGCCUGCCGGCUGCCUCUUCCUUACCUCGAGUGGCUGUGCGCGCAGCUGGAUUUGCUGCUGCAGCAGCUGCUGCUGCUUGUGGGGCCCCGCGCCUCUACCCUGUCUGCUUCUCUUGUGCAUGCACUUGCUGCUGCUUCGCAUCCUCCCUGGACCUACAGCAGCAGCCGCAGUAGCAGCGACAGCAGCAGCAGCGGUAAGAGCGAAGACGAGUUUAUGCUGCAGCUGCUGGUGGGGUGUAUAGACAGCUCGGGUGCCUUGCAGCGGCUGCUUGAGGCCGCCCCUGGGGGCCCAGCAUAUCGGCAGCAGCUGCUGCGGCUGCUGGGUUUUGUGCUGCUGUUGCUGCUGCUGCAGCACCAGCUGCGUCUCAUUGCUGCUGUUGAGCGAUUACCUCGCAGCAGCCGAGCGGCCGUUUGGCAGCACGCAGAUGCACUGUGGGGAGGCGCCUGUGCAGCAGCAGUAGCAGCAGGAAGAGCAGCAGCAAAAGCAGCAGCAGCAGUAGCAACUCCAAGCCAAUUGGUGUGCCGCAGGUCGCUUGCAGAGCUCCUACAGUGCAGCACAAUUCAGCAGUGGCUGUGGCGCUGCCUCAGCACCGCGCUGCUGAUGCUGCAGCAGCACCCACCCUCUUUGCUGCAGCCCGUAGUAGGACCUGCAGCAGCAUGCAGCAGCAGCAGCGGCGAGGCUUCUUCCCCGUUACCAGAACUCCGAUGGUUAGCGCUUACACUGCAGCAGCAGCAGAAGCUAGAAAGAGCAGCAUUGCUAGCAAAGGCAGCAGCAGGAGCAGCAGCAGUAGUAACAGCAGUAGCAGCAGCAACAGCACCAGUAGUAGCAGCAACAGCAGCAACAAUAGCAGCAGCGGCACAGUUAAUAAUGCUGAAGCCGUCAGUGUGGUUUGCUGCUGCUGUGCGUAGGGUUUGGGGAGCAGCAGACAGUCGAGCGCUCUUUCGCUGGCAAGUCCAGGUGUACAUGCAGCAGCAGCAGCAGCAGCAAAAGCUGCAGCAGCAGCAGCAGCAGCAGGGGACUUCGCAAGGGUUGCUGCAGCUGGCGGAGACAGUUCUCGCCAAAUUUGCACACUGUGCAGCAGAACAGCGGGUAGAAUACCAGGCAUCUGCUGCUGUUGCUGCUGCUGCUGUUGUUGCUGGUGUUGCUGUUGCUGCUGUUGCGGUUGUUACUGCUGCUGCUGCUGUUGCUAUUGGUGCUGCUCUUGCUACCGCUGCGGUUUCUAUUUCCUCUGCUGUUGCUGCUGCUGUUGCUGCUUGUUCUCAGCGCGCGCUGCUGACGGAGUGCUUGCUGCAGCUGCUGCUGCAGGAGCAGGAUGAGUCCUUCUCAGCAGUGCGCUUGGCGGUGCAGCAGUUGAUGGCAGCAGCAGCGUCAUCAUCAGAUAGAGCAGCAGCAGCAAAAACCAAGGAGCUUCAGACAGCGGAUGUCGUUGCAGCCUUUAAAGAAGCCGUCCAUCUUGCUGCUGCUGUUGAGAACAGCAGCAACAGCGGCAGCAGCUACAGCAGAAUCUACAGCAGCUACAGCAGCGGCAGCAGCAGCAGCAGCAGCAGCAUGGAAGCUGCUGCUCUCGGGUGGAAACAGCUGCUGCCCCGGGUGCUGGGCUAUUCGUGCACAGAGCGCGUGCUGCUGGAUUGUGCAACUCUUCAGGUGUCUGGGGCCUCUCUGCAGCAGCAGCAGCAGCAGCAGCAGCAGCAGCAGCAGCCGCAGCAGCAGCAGAUAGAAGGCCUGUGGACGAGGCUAGAGCGCAGCUGCGGAGGAGAGCUGCCGCUGCUGCUGCCUGGCGAGCUGCUGCAGUGGGUGGCGUUAGAUUGCCUCUUUGAGGUACAUGAGCAGCAGGUGUUGCAGUGUAGGAAAGCAGCCGCAGCAGCAGCAGAGGCUGCAGUAGCAGCAGCAGCUGCUGCUGAGCUGAAGCGGCAACAUGCUACAGUAGUGGCAGCACUAAACAGACAGGACGACAGCUUUUACUGCGGUCUGCUGCUGCGCUGCUGCCCGGCGCGGCACCACAACUGGGCUGUUUCUUCUCUGCGAAUGCUCUACAGCAGCAGCAGCAGCAGCAGCACUGCUGCUGCCUCUAUUGUGCGGGCUUAUCUUCACUGCUGCUUCAGCGGGGGCCUGUUGGCUCAGGGGGGGGUCCUUGCUGAGCUGUACAAAGAGCAGCAGCAGCAGCAGCAGCAGCAGGAAGAGCAGCAGCGUCUGCGGCUGCUAGCAGCAAGCAUGUACACGGCCUUAGCUACGGCAGAAGCACCGCAGCAGCAGCAGCAGCAGCAGCACUCAGGGGUGCCAGCAUCUACCCGGUCCACUGCAGCAAUGGAAGCGCUGGAGCUGCUGCAGCAGGUGCAGCAGCAGCGUGCUGCUCUUAUUGCUGCAGGCGCAUGCGUGCCGACUUGUGGGGAGGAACUGCCAUCCCUCUUCUGCUCCGUCCUUGACCAGCAGCAGCAGCAGCAGCAGCAGCAGCUGACGCUGCAGUACGAGACAGAGCUGCUGCAGCAGGUUGUUUCCUCUCUUAAAACACUGCAGACGAUCGUCAGAGAAGUGCAGCUCCCGCUGAUGGAUUGGGUAUCGCUGCAAGUGCUGCAGCAGCAACAGCAGCAGCAGCAGCAAAUCCAGCAGCAGCAGCAGCAGCAGCAGCAACUAGAGUGGGUCGCUUCCGUCAACAACGUGCAGGGGCCUGCGGGGCGUCUGCGCUUCUCGUUGCUGCCGAUGCCGCAGCUAUUUCGUUUUGCUGCUGCAGCAGAUGCGCCUCAUUUAUCUCUACGUGCGCUGCUGGUGGAUUUGGUGCUGCACCUUCCCGAUGUGCUGCAGCAGCAGCAGCAGCAGCAGACGUUCGGAGCUGCAGCGAGUGUGCAUGCAGCAGCUGCUGCUCUUUUGUCUCGCCUCUUUCUUCAGGCGUCUGCUGCAAGAGGCAGCUGGCCAACGGUUAGCAUGCUGGAGCAGCUGCUGCCAGCAGCACAGAAACAAACAGGAAGUCCGGUGCUGCUGCUGCUGCUGCGCUGCUGCGAGUAUGCUUGGUCGGAUUUGCCCGACGUUUCGUCUUCAGCAGCAGCAGCAGCAGCAGCAGCACCAGCAGUGGAGGUGCUGCAGAAAGGCAACAUGCUUGUGCGCUGCUGCCUGGAAGUGCUGCAUGCCGCCUGGCAGCAGCAGCAGCAACAGCAGCAACAGCAGCAGCAGCAGCAGCAGGAAACCCUGCCUGCAGAUCUUCUGUUGAUUGCAAGAGCAUGGCAGCCUGGAGGAGCUUUCUCUUUUUCUGACUCUGUUGAGGUGUACGUUCAGCUCCUCGCGGAGGAGACGCUGCUAGAGCAGACUUGCGACAUCUUCAACGCGCAGCAGCAGCAGCUACAGCUGCAGCAGCAGCAGCAGCAGCAGACACAGCAGCAACAGCAGCAGCAGCAGGAGAUGUGUAUGCCUCUGAGCUUGUCUGUUGUGCGCCUUCAUCUGCACCGCGUGCUGCUGCGGCUGCUGCUGGUCUGGCUGGAGGCAGCAGAAGGUACGGGGCCCAACAGCAGCAGUUUGCUGCUGCAGAAGACAGCACAAUCUGAGGCGCUGCAGUCUCUACUAAAUCACCUGAGUGAAACGAAAGACAACUCGCAGCAGCAGCAGCAGCUAGCGGAGUCCGCUAAGCUCGUUAAAGUGCUGCUGCAGAGUGCAUCUGCUGUUAAGAGACCCCUUCAGCAGCAGCAGCUGCAGCAGCAGGAACAGCAGCAGCAGCAGCAGAUGCUGCAGCUGCAGCAACAACAGCUUCUUAUGCCUUCACACGCAUACCCAGAUGCCUUAGGCGGUGCUACUUGCAGUUGGGUUGAAGGUUUAAAGAGAGAAUAA